AUGGCACCAGGAAAGAAAGUCACAUUCCUAGACGAACCCGAGGAGUCCAAGGCUGCCCGCGUUGGCCAUCGCGCCCUAUCAACCUCAGUAUACGACCCUACAUACCUCAUUGAAAAGGAAACAGAGCAAGAUAGGCGUUCGCCACACGACUUUAGCCGACAGAGCCCAAGAGUGCGAUGGAAUCUCUCAGCCCUAAUUGUGUCCUUCCUUCACGACGAAGAUCCGGAGGAGGUUGCCGGUGUCAUUGAUGGCACAGUUAUGAUUGACUGGACCUCAGAGUCCCUUGCUCAUCUAGAUGAAAUGCUAUUAUUAUGGAUUCAGGCCAAGGUACCUGGCGACGCAAUCGGCGUCUUCCUCAUCUUUACGCUAUACGACAGGGAUUCUCACAUCGAAAACAUGCUGACCAACAUGGUCAAUGAAGGCUUCACUAACUUUGACGUCGCUUGGAAUGUUACAUAUGCGCAUUGCAGCGAGGAGGUAGCGAGCCAGAUGAUCAUGUACGACGAAACAUGUAUCAUUGACCCACCUAUGGGCCAUGUAGAGGAGGAGACUGAGGCACCGCAGGAAGAAGAAGUCUGUACUUCAGGUAACUGUGAAGACGAGCUUCCAGCUCCAUUCGAAGGUAUCGGAAUUCCCUUUUUGGAUAUGAACGAGCUGACUGAUGACAAGGUUGGAGGCCUCUUAUCGCAACAGACACCCAUGGAGCGAGCAUUGUUCGAGGGCUAUCCGAUCCCCAAAAUCGUGCUGUCGACCAUCCGGGCCACUAAGAUUCCCAGUUCUGCCUCAGGGGAGGAUCUGCUUAUGUCCGAGACAGAGACAUCAGCUGGAGGGAGCGAUUGCUCAGCGCACACAGACGCUGGUGAUGAGCAGACAUGGUCUGAUAUUCUCAACGACCCCACGGUUUUCCAGCCUGCGAGGACAAACGAGCGUAAACCAGAAGUGACCCGGCUCUCCAACAUUGAGGCAAUCAAAGUUGACGUUCUGCAAGCUGAUGACCUGCCCGGUCCGUCUACUAAGAAUGGCAAAUCUAUCCCAGGGGCUUUUUUAUACCGCAAGGUUCGUACUCGUCUUGCUUCCACGGGACUGAGGAGACGGGGUGGUAACGAUGAUCUGCGCAAGGAAUUUAUGAAAGGAGAGAAAGAGUGA